UGAUGUCCCUGUUCUCACACAGCUAAAAUGGCAUUAGCCGGCAUGGUCAAGGAAGCGGACGUCACUGCAGCCCUGAGCGCCUGCAAAGCUGCUGACUCAUUCGACCACAAGACUUUCUUUGGCAAGGUUGGAUUGAAAGCCAAAUCUGCUGAUGAGCUGAAGAAGGCCUUUGCCAUCAUUGAUCAGGACAAGAGUGGUUUCAUUGAGGAGGAGGAGUUGAAACUGUUCCUUCAAAACUUCUGCAAGGGUGCAAGGGCACUGACCGAUGGCGAGACCAAAACGUUUUUGAAAGCUGGCGACAGUGAUGGCGAUGGCAAGAUCGGAAUUGACGAGUUCUCCGCUUUGGUUAAGGCCUAAACUGCAACUGACCAACAGAUCUUGCCCUGAAGGAACAACAUUGCCCAAGACCUCCCAUUUUCAACGAAUAAAACAUGAUUUUUG